GUUGUGGAUGACGAAUCAGCAGUCGGUGUCAAUUAGUGUAAUGAGAGCAGAAACACACACCACCAGCUCGUCAGCGGUCAUUCAGGUAAAAGAAGGAAACAGGACGCAGCUGCAGCGCCGCAGUUCACGGUCAAAUCCUGAGCAGAGACUUUGUUUUUAUCUGUCUUUCCUCCCGGCUCCUGCACACUGAACCCUCUGCCUGUUGCACUCUCCAUCUGCUCCGAGUGUGUCUCUGUCGCGCUGGAACCAUGGCUGCCAUCAAGGCUUUGGAGCAGUGGUGUAAAAUGCAUUGCGAGGGCUACAGAGAUGUGGCCAUCACCAACAUGACGACUUCAUUCAAGAACGGAAUGGCUUUUUGUGCGCUUAUACACAAGUACAGACCGGAUCUGAUAGACUAUGACUCACUCAGAAAGGAGGAUGUGUUUGAGAACAACAGCCUGGCUUUUCAGGUUGCAGAGGAGAAGUUAGGGAUACCGGCUUUGUUAGAUGCAGAAGACAUGGUGGCUUUGAGGAUCCCAGACAGGCUGAGUAUUCUUACCUACGUCUCCCAGUACUACAACUACUUCAAAGGACGCCCUCCCAUGGGAGGUGUAAAAAGGCCAGCAGAGGGCUCCAAGGAGGAGCCAUCAGAGAAGAAAAAUCUCCCAGUGGUUGCCAAAACCUUUGUGUCUAAAACCGCCGUUGAGAAUCGUUUACCUUCCACUCUCACUGCUCAGUCGUCACCCAAAUUGGCCCGAGCGGCUGUUCAGGCGGUUCUGGCAGAAAACGCCAACAAAACUGGAACUCUCAAUAGCAAAUGUGUUUCAUGCAAGAGUCAUGUUCAUCUUGUUCAGAGGCACUUUGUGGAAGGCAAACUCUAUCACAGAAGCUGUUUUAAAUGCAGUGAGUGCUCCAGCGUGCUUCACGCAGGAGGCUACAAACCUGGGAAGGAUCCUGACACCUUCAUCUGUAACGCCAACCAGAACAGUUGCAAACCUUCCCCAUCUGAGCUGCAGAUCAAAAAGGGACUUGCCAGUUCAGCUGGGCGAUUAAAUAGUGCCAGCCAGUCCAAGCCAGCACCACACUCCACUUCUGUGCUGUCAGCCCCACUAAAUAUUGUUGUGAAGCCAGUCAGUCCUACUCCACCUUCCAAGUCCUGGACAGCCUCAGCCCAGAAGACGCAGUCGGCACGGCAGAGGUUUUUCCAGGCUGCACCGCCAGUCACAGAGGCCUCAACAGGUAACAGGAAGCCCGCAGAGCUCUCAAGUGUUUUAGGAAGGCAAAAGGUUCCACUGAGUCCCGAUGAUGAGAAGAGCAGAGGCAGAACAACCAUCGGAAAAAAACUGGCCGAAGAAAACUGCAAUAACAACAACAAGCGCCCGUUCACCAUCCGAUCAGCAGAGGGACGCAGGUUUGGAGAUGAGCCAAGUUCAGCUGACAGGCCUUAUCUGAGAAAGGAUAAAUGCAGCCAAGGCCCAGCAGGAAACUGGGCAGUACAGCCCUCCACCAGCCAGACAAACAAUAAGGAAUCGCCAUGUCUGAAGGCCAUCAACAAAGACAACACAAGGCCAACAACUGUACACAAAACCGCCAAAGAUCCAAUCUACGAGGGGCAGUCAAAACUCGAACCUUUGAAAACAGAGCCAGGUCUAAAAGAUGCUGAAGCUGAUGCGUUUACUGAGCAACAUAAGCCUGGAUUCGUGUCUGCGACUUCCUCUAAUAUCUCUACCACUGCAACAAGGCCUCCCUCGACCCCAACACCUGCAGUACCUCCAGUUAGCUUACCUCUGUUUGAUCCUGCACAGUUUAGGGAAGUCUAUCCCAAGAAACCUCAGUCUGGCUCUGAAGACCAGGGUUUUAAACAUAGGAGUCACUCGUCUGUGAAAUCCCCACCCAGGCGGCCAGCUGUGGAAUCUAUUAGCACUUCAACGACUGCUCCAGCCAAUCACGGAAAUCCAUCAGGUGCUAAAAAGGGAAAGUAUUUGUCACCCACCAACGCCUCCAGGACUGAAAUGAGGUCACCCUCUGUAAAGUCUUAUCAUAUUCCGGUGGAGCAGAUUGAGAGGGAGCUGAAUGAUAUUGAGACAAACUUGGCUCAGUUGGAGAAGGAGGGUGUGGAGCUGGAAAAGAGACUCCGCAGCUGUGAGGAAGAGGGAGAGGGGGACAUAUUGAUGGAUCCACUGAUGGUCGACUGGUUCAACCUCAUUCGAAAAAAGCAGAUGUACAUUAGAAAGGAAUCAGAGCUUGUAUACACAGCGAGGACACAGGAGCUAGAGCAGCAGCAGCCAGAUGUGGAGGGGGAACUUCGUAGGCUCCUGGAAAAGCCAGAUCAUUUAAAGUCCAGAGAGGAGCGACAGCGGGAGAAGAAGUUGAUGCAGAGACUGAUGGAGAUUGUGGAUGGCAGAAAUGCCAUUGUGGAGGGUCUAGAUGAAGACAGGCUGAGGGAGGUGGAGGAGGAUCAGCAGCUGAAUGAAAUGAUGAAAAAUCUUGGAGUAAAGAAGGCCAAAAAUAAAAGGAAAUCUUCCAUCUCAAAAUUGUUCAGGCGAAGAAGUAAAAGACGAGUGGAAUGACCUUCAAGGCAAUUUUUACUACACUUUGAUUCAGAACUGAGUCAAUCUUGUCUUAUAAUUAUUAUUUUUUUUUAAAUAAAUUAAGGUUUUAUAUUGAAGUAUUGCAGUACAGUAUGUCAAUGAGAAAGCAAUGGAAGAUUAGAAAGCAUAAUGGAUGAAUUGUGUUGUUUCAGAAUGUUUUGAAAAUAAAGGUUCAGUUAAAUGUUUUUUUUGUUCAAUUUUCACCUUCAGUUCUCUGUUUGCCGUCGUGAAGUCAGUUCUGAAUAGUGCAUGUUUCAAUCUUUACUUUUUUUCACAAGGGGUGUCAGGUUUUUUUACAACGGUUUUUCACUGUUUUUUUUCAAAAAGACGAUGGUGCUUAAUUAUGUGGCAAAUACAGCUGCAUUUCCUUUACUGUACAUCGGAAGUAUCACAAGAAAAAAGGGCAUCAUUAUUAAUGGCUAUGAUUGUUGUGUGUAAAGAUACUGUAUAUGUAUAGAUUUUAGCAAAUUAAGUUGCGCUCGGUCAAAGAAAUUGUGAGUAAAAACAAACUAUCAUGAUUUACAAAUUCCAGGGGGAACACUGGCUGUUCCACAUGCAAAUAGGAAUGAGCAGAAUAAAUGUGUAAUCCUCAAAAACAGUCUUGAUCCUAAAUGAAAUUAUUUCAGUAUUUAUUGAAUAAUGGAUUUUAACUAAUUUCCUGUAAGGAUAUUAGCAGGAGAAAAAGCCUUGACAAUUAAGUUUUGAAUGGCUGUCGAGUGUAAAAUGGAGAGCCACACAUGUUGAACUGUCUUGUUACAGCCUGUAGUUCCUCUCUCACACUGUACUGUAGGUGGCAGCCUGGGUAUGCUGUAUAACAAGGCAAGAACUUGGAAAUCCAAUUUGCCACAGUACGGACAGUUAAUUUCUUUGCUAAUUUUAUAAAUGCUGCAAAAAUGUUCAGCUGUGCUGAUGCAAUAAUGUUAUGUGAAAGAGGAUUAGGUAGAGCAGUAGCUUAUGGCCGGGGAAGGCUUAUAAACUAUAGGUUGUAUUGAGCUCUUUAUCUCCAAACUGGGUUUAAUUAAACAUUACUCUUACUAAUAUCUGCAUCAGAAAUGCUCCGUACCUGAGCUAUUAAAAAUGUUCAAACGAUGUGUGGAGUCUCUCAAGUGUGAAAAUGGCAUUCGGGAAUGUACUGUAAUAUUGCAUUUAAAGUGUUAUUGUACGGUAUGUACUUGUAUGUAUUGUAUUUUUAAACUUGGAAUCUGUUGUCCAAUAAAUCCUUUGAAGAUUAGUGUG